ACUCACCAGCGCUCUCCAGUCCACUUCACUUCAUCCCUGAUCGGCGAUCGCGUCGAGCGAGCAGCGCUAUAACGCACGAUGAACUUGGCGUCCGUCGUUCCCUGCGCGCAGGCAUUCCUCGCGUUAAUGACUCCCGCCGCUGGCUCCCACCGUCGGGUCCACACGCAUGCGGCGGCCUCCAAGAGCGGAUUGGCCUGCCGCGUCGCGCGCAGCGGGGGCACCCGGUGGCUGCCGGUCUCCUGUGCAGCCGGGGGCGGUGCAGUUGGUGACACUUUUGUUACUGAGGACACUACAAAUGUGAUGUUUCCUCGGGAAGUAACAGUUCCAGGCUAUACACACCCAUUGGUUGCAGUUGGCACAGAUUACUCACUUCGCCUUGAUACUGAGCAAUGGAAAGCAAAGACUGGUAUUGAGAGCUUUGACAGUUCCUCUGUUUUCGACUCCAUUUUUAAGGCACCGGUUGUGAAAUCAUUGAGUAUAAUUCUUGUUAGAGCCGUUGAUGGCAAGACCUUUGUGAAUGCUCUAAAUGAUGUCAUUGCCCGCCAAAUAAAAAACCCAAACGCCGAGGAAGAAUCUUCCCUGUCAACCUUGCAGAAUACCUUUCUUGGGCGCAAUCUCAAACAGGGAACAAGCAUAUACUUAACUUGGCUUGAACCCAAAAGAAUGCUGAUCUCCAUUUCGGAAGAUGAAGAUCCACGUCAAGUUGAUGCAGAGAUCAAAUCUGCUACUGUUAAUUAUGCUCUAUAUGAUGGCUUCUUUGGUAAAUCCACAGUGUGCCCUUCUUUAAGAUCAUCUACAGCCCAGUUGCUGGACGCGCUUCUGCUUGCGAAGUGACAAACCAGUCGUGGUUCCAUAUCAAUGGUUACGAGUGGUUAUUCCCUUCUCCCUUGUUUUCCCGAGGGAACACAGGACGGGCUAGGUGUCCAUAAUCAUAAGUCCCAUAAAGGAAAUUAAUUUAAUUAUUAUAGAGUUCAUAUGUAACAUUUUUGUCGUCCCUGAUGAAAUAUGGUGAAUUUGUCACGCCCCUAUGCUGAUAUUAUGAUUGGCAGAUUGCUUUA